UAGCAAGCAAGCAGGCGUAAAAAACCACGAUUACGAGGCCCGCGGCGGCGUAGAUGAUCGUGAAACCGGGGCCUACGUUUGUAUUUUUAACGCUACCACGGGGCGCCGCGCCGCUCGAGCGAGAAACCUCGACUUAGCUCAUAUCCAAUCAGAGCUCUGGUGGCCACGAGCACCGCGCGACCCCGGGGAAGCGAUAUUUCCGACGCCGCAGGCAUCCACUUCACUUCGGCAACAUGGCGCGCACUGUCUCCCUCCUCGUCGCCAUCGCGUUCGCCGCGGCGCCGGACACGGCGGAGGCGCUUGGCGUCACUCAGCCCUGCCCCUGCGCGGCCGGCCCAAGAGAAGUUUGUUGGAGUGUCGAAGAUGAAUCUGGUGGCACUGAAACUAAGUGUGUGGGGGUUUUCGUGGAGGAAGCUCAAUGUGGCGAACAGGAUGGGGUUGUUCCAUGUGUUGGGGUCUUCACUUGUCAAGAAAUCACCGGGUGGGUGUUCGCCGACGAGGAUAAGUCGUGUGAUAGCCUGUCGACACGCUCCGGCUGCGAAGAGGCUGGCGGCGGCUUCUCACCUGCGGUCCCCCCCGCUUGCUGCGGCAAGUGUGUCUUUCCCUGAAGUCGCGCCCCACCUGUCCAGAUCGUGCUCCAGUGCUCACCGUCCUCCGGGAACUCAAUCCAACCUGCACCCGGACCCGUCCCUGGAUUCCGAGCGGUCCCCAUCCCAA